AUGGAAAGCGUUCAAGGCUACGACUUUUCGAAAGGAGUGAAUUACGAGGAAAUUGUGAAUAGCUAUAUGAGGACGGGGAUUCAAUCUUCGGGUGUGGGAAAAGCUAUUGACAUCAUUAACCAGAUGCUAACUUGGAAACCUACAGAGGAAGAAAAGAAAGCAUUUGACACUGAUGACACCCGCCCGAAAAAUUGCACCAUUUAUUUAGGGUUUACUUCUGAAAUGGUGAGUAGUGGUCUGAGAGAUGUUAUUCGUUAUUUAGUUGAAAACAAAUUGGUUGAUUAUGUAGUAACAACCGCAGGUGCUGUGGAGUCUGAUAUUAUGAAGUGUUUAGGUGACUUUAAAGUUGGUGAUUUUUAUAUGAAAGCAAACGAAGUUGAAGGUGAGAGACACGGGAAUAUUAUCUUCCCCAAAGAUCUUAUUGAGAAGACAAAGAAAUGGAUCAAAGAAUUCUUGUUGAACAUUGAGGAAUCGGAAGACCCAGACAUUCCAUUUACUCCAUCGCAACUCAUAGAGAUGAUGGGACAAAAAGUAAAUGACAAAAGGUCGAUUAUCUACUGGGCGUCACGAAACAAUAUCCCAAUAUUCUGUCCUGCACUUACUGAUGGUCUCAUAGGAACUUGUUUAGUCGAGUUAAAUGCACAAAGAAGAAUGCAUAUGAAAAUCGAUAUAGUACAAGACUUACGCCUUGUGAAUUCAUCGACUAUUCAUUCAAUAAAGACAGGAGUUAUCAUUUUGGGGGGUGGAGUGAUGAAGCAUCAUAUUAUGAAUGCCAAUUUAAUGAGAAAUGGGACAGACUUUGCAGUCUAUAUUAACACUGCUGGGGACUUUGAUGGGUCUGAUGCGAGUGCAAGACCAGACGAAGCGAUAUCUUGGGGGAAAAUUAAGGUAGGAGCGCCGUAUGUGAAGAUAUUGAGCGAGGCGUCACUUGUCUUCCCACUUAUAGUCGCAAAAACAUUUGCAGUGACUAAGAGAAACAUGGGGAUUAAUUAA